ACCAAAAAAUCUCUCUCUUCCCCUUCAGCUCAAUGUGAUUAUCCGGGCGUCGCUGCAGGGUCUCAGGGAGAAGAUUGAUCAGCUGAAGGACUCACUGCUGCGGGCCGUGUCAACACACCAGAUCACGCAGCUGGAGGGGGACAGGAGGCAGAAUUUGGUGGAUGACCUCCUCACACGCCACAGACAGCUUCAGGCAUCAUACCAGAACGAAGGUCCGGAGCCAGACGUGAUAAGAUCUAGCCUAAUGUCGGGAGGGUUCAAACGAGGUGUAACCAACCCGUGGCUCUUGGAAGAAUCUGAGGAAACCAGAGGGCUUGGCUUCGAUGACCUCAGGCAGCAGCAGCGAAGGAUCAUUGAAGAACAAGAUGCUGGACUUGACGCUCUUUCUUCAAUCAUCUCCCGGCAAAAGCAAAUGGGGCAGGAGAUUGGGAACGAGCUGGAUGAACAGAAUGAGAUCAUCGACGACCUCACGAACCUGGUUGAAAACACGGAUGACAAGCUCCGCAACCAGACGCGGCACGUGAAGAUGGUGGAUAAGAAAUCAACGUCCUGCGGCAUGCUCGUGGUGAUCGUGCUGCUGCUGAUCGCCAUCGCCGUGGUGGCCGUCUGGCCGACACGCUGA